AAGGGGCGGAGCCGCACCGCUCUUGAGGGCCGUGGUGGUGCGGAGUCAUUUCUUGGCGUCUUUGGCUGCUGUUGGAAACCGACUGCCACCAUAUCCAACCCGCAGCAUGCUGUUGGCUUUGGGCGGCCGGUGGGCAGCGAGCCUGUGGCCGAGCCGGACUAGGACUACGUGGUGUGCGGCCGCCGCGCUCCGAGGUUCCGGGAUCGCCUUCUGGCGUGCAGCCUCCCGCGCCGAGCCCGCGCAGCCAUGGAGCGGCGGGCUCCUGCAUCCAGCCGAGCCUUGCGGGCCGCCGGGGCGAGCGCAGAUACCUUUUUGUUGGGGACAGUGUACCCGCCGCUUACAUACACAAGUUGAUAAACCAGAAGAUGGCAGGCUGAUUUAUACUGGGAAUCUGUCCCGAAUGGUAUUUGGUGUGAAAUGUUUUUCUUAUUCUACAAGUAUGAUCAGCCUUGCAUUUUUACCAUACCUUCUCUCACAAAGUAAUGUGAUGUUUGGAAGUCUGCCUUUGCAAGUCUUAUUUUAUGGAGUCAUGGGAAGCUUCACAGUGAUCACUCCCACGCUGCUUCACUUUCUUACAAAAGGCUAUGUCAUUCGGCUGUACCACGAAGCCACAACUGACACUUACAGAGCCAUUACUUACAAUGUUAUGCUUUCGGAAACCAGCACAGUGUUUCACCAAGAUGACGUGACAAUUCCAGAGAGCGCACAUAUAUUCACCACUUUUUAUGCUAAAACAAAGUCACUGCUAGUUAAUCCAGCACUGUUUUUAAACCCCGAAGACUAUAACCAUCUAAUGGGUUAUGACAAACCAUUCACUUUUAAUAUGGAAGAAGUCAAUGAAAAGAAACUGCACGAGGGUGAAAAAUGAACCUGUUCUUUGUUUGUGCUUAAAUGUCAUGUCUUUUCAGAGUAUAAUAAGAUUGCCUUUAUUUUGCUAUUGUUAGUGAAUGAUUUAAAAACAAAACAAAACCAAGUGUAAGGGCUGAGACACAGCAGUUGGUACUGUGUCUGUCAUGUGUGAGGCCCUAGGAACAGCCUUCAUAUAACCAGGUGUGCUUUUGUACACCUAUAAUCCCAGCACAUGGGAGAUGGAGGUAGGAAGAUGAUAAAUUUGGGGUCAUCCUUGGUAAUGUAGUAGGUCUGAGGUCAGCCUGGACCUUGUCUUAAAAACAGAAGUUGAAACUAUCAAGCAGAAUUUCUGAAUAAUUUUUACAUGACAAUGUUCUUAUUUAAUAAAAUAUGUUUAAUUAAGAACAAGUUGUUUUUGUUUAAAAUGUGGAUGGUCAUGUGUAUUCUGGUAUACGUAUGGCUACAUUUAUUUACUUAUAUUUUGUUUUUAGGCAAAAUUUCACUAUGUAAGCCGAAUGCCUGGAACUUAAAUAUGUAGAUCAGUCUGACCUUGAAUUCAUAGAGAUCUAUCUGCUUCUGUGUGUGCCACAGCAUAUGGACCAUGUAUGGAUAAUUUAAGAGUAGGUGCCUCAGAACUGGAGAGUGGCUCAGCUGUUAAGAGAGCUGGCUGCUCUGCCAGAGGUCCUGAGUUCAAUUCCCAGCAACCACGUGGUGGCUCACAACCAUCUAUCUAUAAGGGGAUCUGAUGCCCUCUUCUGGUAUGUGGAUGUAUAUGCAACAGAGUACUCAUACAGUAAAUAAAUAAAGGGAUUAAAGGUAUGCCACCACUA